AAAGAACACGUUUAUCUGCUCCAAUGGAAAAGUCUUGAUCUUUGGCAUUCACCUAACCAACCUUCUUCGCAUCUUCCCCCAAACUGAUAAAAGAUCUCACCUUUUUAAAAAGGCCUAAUCAAAACCCUAAACCCACAAUCCAAUUCCAUCUCUCUCUCUCUCGCAAUUUUCUAAUCGAUUAGAAACUGUAUGGAAGCGACAGCGUUAUCAUCUGGGUUCCGUCCUCUUCUAAACCCUAACGCUUACAGAUCUCCAAGGUUAAAACAUCCUCAAUUCAAUUUUUUGUUUUUUUUUCUUGCCUCGAUUUAAUUAGUACAGCGAUGACGAUUUCGUCUCGUUACAGGUCAUGUUCCGACAGAAAGUCUCUGUCUUUGCCUCGAUUCCAUUCAAAAGAGACACCUUUGAAACCUAACGGCUCUCUCGCGAUCACCCAACACCGUGGAUUGAGUUUGAAGACCAACGUGUUCGAGCAAACACAUCCUGUUGCUGGAGACCUCUCUUACGAUGACACUUGUGCUAAUGUUGCUGAAGAUAAGAUCGGUGUCUUGCUUUUGAAUCUAGGUGGUCCUGAAACGCUUAAUGAUGUGCAACCCUUUUUGUAUAAUCUCUUUGCUGACCCGGAUAUUAUACGGCUUCCUAGACCGUUUCAGUUUCUGCAAGGGACUAUAGCCAAGUUUAUAUCUGUAGUACGUGCUCCGAAGUCGAAAGAAGGGUAUGCUGCUAUUGGUGGGGGUUCUCCUUUGCGUAAGAUAACUGAUGAGCAAGCAGAUGCUAUUCAGAUGGCACUGCAAGCUAAGAAUGUUUCUGCUAAUGUCUAUGUUGGGAUGCGGUAUUGGUUUCCAUUCACUGAGGAGGCUGUUCAGCAGAUCAAGAAGGACAAGAUUACAAGACUUGUUGUGCUACCAUUAUACCCUCAGUAUUCUAUUUCCACAACGGGCUCAAGCGUCCGCGUUCUCCAAGACUUAUUCAGGAAAGAUCCCUACCUGGCUAGAGUGCCAGUUGCUAUUAUAGAGUCCUGGUACCAAAGGCGAGGCUAUGUCAAUUCCAUGGCUGACCUCAUUGAGAAGGAGCUUCAAAAUUUCUCUGAUCCUAAGGAGGUUAUGGUAUUCUUCAGUGCCCAUGGUGUUCCAGUUAGCUAUGUAGAGAACUCUGGAGAUCCAUACCAGAAACAGAUGGAAGAGUGCAUUGACUUGAUAAUGGAAGAGUUAAAGUCCCGAGGAGUUCAAAACAACCAUAUAUUAGCAUACCAGAGUCGUGUUGGGCCUGUUCAAUGGCUGAAGCCUUACACUGAUGAGGUUCUUGUCGACCUUGGUAAGAAUGGUGUCAAGAGUCUACUAGCCGUUCCAGUAAGUUUUGUGAGUGAGCACAUUGAGACUCUUGAAGAGAUAGACAUGGAGUACAGGGAACUAGCUUUGGAGUCAGGGAUAGAAAACUGGGGGCGUGUCCCGGCCCUAGGACUGACACCAUCCUUCAUCACCGACUUGGCUGAUGCAGUAAUAGAAUCACUUCCUUCAGCAGAAGCAAUGGUGAACCCAAGUGCGGGGGGUGUCUCAGAAGAUAGCGAGUCAUCAGACGCUUUCAGUUACAUUAUGAAGAUGUUCUUCGGUUCAGUUCUAGCCUUCCUGCUGCUUCUUUCUCCAAAGAUGUUCCAUGCAUUCAGGAACCAUCUUAUCUAA